GGGUUCUUGGACCGAGUUCCUUUUUUCUUUCCUCUCUUCUCAAAACCUCUCUCUUCUCAAAACCUGUUGUCUGGUUGUUCAAGACUAAGAGCAACUCCAACAGAAGUUGUAAAAUAUAUUUCAUCGGUAAAAAAAAGAAAAUACCGUCCAAAACCCGUUCCAAUAGAGUCGCCGUCCUCGCGUCGCCAUCUAGGUCGCCAUCCGCUCCCCUCCGCUCUGGAAGUUUGGCGACGGAAUUUCCCUCGCCAACCCCUCCCUCCGGCGCGCUCCGCCCCUCGCGCGCGCUUCCGCCCUCCGCUUCCCGCCAUCAGGCCCUCGCGCAGUCAUCCGCCCGCGUUGUGCCGCAGAGCUCACGCCGUCGCGUCUGUGUGCCGCCUCGCAGAGCACGUGCCGCCGCAUCCGCGCUCCCGCACCGCCGCCUCGCGAUGUACCGGCCGUCGCGUCGGAUCGAUGUGCCGUCGCUCGGAGGAAGGGUCGAUCCAGAGGCACAUCGCUCGGAGGGAUCACGUCAUCCUCCCACAAGCUUCGAAGGCCGGAUGAUGGCGGAGGAUCUGCUGAAUGCCGAGCAAUUGAACGGGGAGGACGCAAACACUGGGCCUAGGCAUCUGAACUUGGAAGAGUUUCUUUAUUGCGGGCCAGGACACUCGUUUUACCAGAUUAUUCCGUGCUACCGCAGGUGCUUUUCAGCGGGACACAUUGGCUCUAGUCGUGGGCUUGGUUGCAACACAUUGAUGACCGAAGGGAGCGGCUGGUCGACGCAUGCCAGCUUUUAGAGUCUUCA